AUGAAGUUGAUCAUAGUAGUUCUGUGUGUUGUCGCUUUGGCAUUUGCUAAAGAUAAAUAUGAAGAUAUUGAGAAUAACUUCAACAUAGAAGAAUUGUUAGGAAACGAUCGUUUGUUAACUGCAUACAUUAAAUGUCUGUUGAACAAAGGCCCUUGUACUCCGGAAGUUAAGAAAAUUAAGGAUAAAAUUCCUGAAGUUCUCGAGACUAAAUGCGACAAAUGCACCGACAAGCAGAAACAGAUAGGCAAAGUGCUCGUGAAACAAGUCCAAAAGACGCAUCCCGAACUGUGGGAUGAGCUCAAGAAACUCUACGACCCACAAGGAAAAUACCAGAAAGAGUUCCAAAUGUUUCUCACUAAUUAA